AUGGCAUCAUGCCUUUAUGAAUGUCUUUGUGAGGCAGAACUUGAAAAAUACUAUCCCCAUUUUGCUGCCUUUGGUCUUCAGAAGAUUGAUGAGCUUGCCAAAGUUUCCAUGAAAGAUUACACCAAACUGGGGGUCCAUGACAUGAAUGACCGCAAACGACUCUUUCAGCUCAUUAGGAUAAUCAAAAUUAUGCAAGAGGAAGAUGUUGCAGAUUUAAGCAAGCAAGAUUUUCAGUCAAAAGGCCUUUUCAUUCAGCCUCAGGUGACCAGAUCGGGUCCCCGUAGACAGCUGCAUUUUGAGUCCUUCUUUGAAGAGAAUGGUGAGACAGAUAAAGACUGUGAAUCUGAAUCAUAUGGUUCAUCUGAUUCCAGUGCCAAUGAAGAGAAGAAUGGUGCAGGACAUAUUCAACCACAUGAUUCAGAGCUGGUCAGAUUAACUAGAAGAAACCUAAAUAUUUCUGGAAUACGCACAAAAAAGGACGUCAGCUGUCCAACAGUUUCUGAUGAUAUUGCUUCUCUACUGGGGGAUUCUGAAACUCCAAUUAUACAAAGAAUAACUCAUGUUUCAGGGUAUAAUUAUGGACUACCUCAUUCCUGUAUCAGAUCCACUGCUUCUGAGAAAGAGUCCCCAUGGACAGAGAGUGAAAAAAUCAGAGUGUGCGUCCGAAAGCGUCCCCUAGGCCUGAGAGAGGAGCGACGUGGAGAGGUUAAUAUAAUCACAGUGAAAGAUAAAGAAACCCUACUUCUUCAUGAAAAGAAGGAGGCAGUUGAUCUCACCCAAUAUAUUUUACAGCAUGUUUUUUAUUUUGAUGAAGUCUUUGGGGAGUCAUGUACCAAUCACGAUGUGUAUAUGAAGACAGCUCAUCCUCUCAUUCAGCAUAUUUUUAACGGAGGCAAUGCAACCUGCUUUGCAUAUGGGCAGACUGGUGCUGGCAAGACUUACACUAUGAUAGGUACUCACCGGAACCCAGGACUCUAUGCCUUGGCUGCCAAGGACAUCUUUAGACACCUGGAAGCGUCACAGUCAAGAAAAGAUCUCCUUGUUUUGAUCAGUUUUUAUGAGAUCUACUGCGGACAGCUUUAUGACCUGCUAAAUGGAAGGAAGAGACUUUUUGCAAGAGAAGAUAGCAAGCAUGUUGUUCAGAUAGUUGGCCUGCGAGAGGUUCAGGUGGACUCUGUAGAUCUACUGUUGGAGGUGAUUUUGAAGGGGGGGAAAGAACGUAGCACGGGAGCCACUGGAGUCAACUCAGAUUCCUCUCGAUCACAUGCUAUUAUCCAAAUCCAAAUUAAAGACACAGCCAACAGGACAUUUGGAAGGAUAUCAUUCAUUGACUUGGCUGGCAGUGAAAGGGCAGCUGAUGCCAGAGACUCUGAUCGACAAACAAAGAUGGAAGGAGCAGAAAUAAACCAAAGCCUUUUAGCACUCAAGGAAUGCAUUAGGGCACUGGAUCAGGAACAUGCUCAUACUCCGUUCCGGCAAAGCAAGUUAACUCAGGUGCUAAAGGAUUCUUUCAUUGGCAAUUCCAAGACGUGCAUGAUAGCCAAUGUAUCACCCAGCCACAUAGCUACAGAGCACACCCUGAACACUUUACGAUAUGCUGACAGGGUCAAAGAGCUGAAGAAAGGGAUAAAGUGUUCUAUCCCUGCCACAAACAGGCGUCCAGCAGCUGGAAUUGUAUCUCCAAAACGUGUCCAAAACCCUGGAGAAAAGAGUUCUCCAAAGAAAGUGAAGCUAGGCCUUCAGCAUCCCACAAAUGUUACAAAAGCAAAGGCAUUCCAGCCACCCAGUGUCUCUUCUACCUCUUCUCCCAGGGGAAUCAGCAAAGGACAUGCCUGCAAAGGAAAUCCCAACUCACCAUGGUUCCACCACACCAGCCCAGUCAAGGGAGUCCUACAGAUGGUACAGCCCCUGAAGAAGAAAACUGAUGAUCUGUCCUCCCUCUCUGAAAAGAACCCCACUGUGAAGGAUUUCAUUGUCAAAAAUGAUGCCACAGCAGAAACAAAAGAAAGUGCCCAGGGAGAGAAGUAUAUGCAAGACAGACCACCUGUCCAGUGCCUGAAAGUCCAGACAGUGCAACCUGUUGAGAAACAGCUUGUUUCUAGAGAUGGUGUUUCCUUUGGAGAGGGAAAUCUGCCUUCUGAUGCCAGACAGGAGUGGGAAAACACCUUUUCUAAACAAUGUGUUGACACCUGGACCAAUCUUCCACCAUUUCAGAAGGAAAGGGAAGAGCACUUACGUCUUUAUCACCAGCAGUUUCAGCAGCCACCUAUUCUACAGCAAAGAGUGAACUAUCAGCCUCUGGAGAGGUUUUUAAUGCAAUACAAGCCUCAGGAGAUGGAAGUGAAGCAGGAGCUGAGCCUUCCUCCCACAGAAAUACAGAGCAACGAGGGGAUGCAGCUGGAAGAUCUGGAUGACAGUGAUUUCAGUGAAGAUUCAUUCUCACCUGUCUGUAGUCAAAAGAGUGUGAAAAGAAAAAAUGCCAACAAAUGCAGUCAACAUUCAUUUUUCCUUCAUCAAAGAGAACAAGGAACUGAAGAAGAGCAAAAAGGUCCAAAGCGACAGGAUUUAUUUUUUAAGUAUGCAAUAUCCAUGCAAGAACAAGAACCAUGUGGCAGCUGGGAUUGCAGUGAGGGCAGCCCAAAGAGACAGGAAUCCAUUAAAAAUACAGGCUGCAGCAAAACCCCAUCAGACUGGAGCUAUGACUUAACUAUUAAGUCUUCUUCAAGCAAUACUGCAGAAAAACCUUACUGCCUGCAGGAGGGUCCUGCUAGUAACUGGAAAAAUGGCAAAGAUUUUCUAGCUGAUCACAAACAGUACAAAUCCAAACACAGACACCUGGUUUACUCCAGUGAAGCCAGCUUAAUUCCAGAAAAGGAUGCUUCAAACUCAUAUGCUUCUCCUGUGUUGAAAUCAGCAGCUCUGGAGUGCAAAGAGAUUGACCUCCAGCAUGAAGAGAACGAGGAAUCAGCUUCAGACAGACAGGCUGCCCUUGCAGAUGUAAAAUGGAAAGCUCAGAAAAAGGGAGUUAACCAUUGUGGAUCUUCUAGUUGUUACUCUGAAUUCACUUCUGACCUAAUGGCCCCUCUCAAGGCAUCUCUUCUUAACUCUAAGGAAACAACUGAUAGAGAGGAGGUGUCCUCUAACCAAGACAAGUCCCCCCGUGUGAAGCAGAUGUCAGGCAGGAACAUCCUGGGCUCCCAGAACAGGUUUGAGGAAGAAGGCUGGCAGUGUACAAGAAGCAGAGCUUUGACAGACAGCAUGCUGGAACUGGGGGAGCAGAUGUGUCGUGGUGAGAGACACCGUGCUGUGCUGCACUCCCUACAGACAAGGGACAAGUGUCUGUCACCUGCCUGUUGCUGUUGCUGUGAUGGGAAGCCAUGCUGCUGCCUCCUGGGAUUGGGCUCAUCGAAGGAGGAGGGAGUUGUUCAGAGUUUGUUUGUUGGGUGUGACCUGACAGGACCAUCUGCAGCUGAAUCCACAGGUCCCAUGGCAGAGAGUGGUUUGCUUUUCAGUAACUCAGUAUGCAAGGAAAACUCGGGUGGCAGAGAGUGUGAUGCUGAUGUUGAAGGCAAUACUGGUAAUUCAGGAAAAUCCAACUCAAAUCAACAACCCAGUGUUGAGCUUGUGGCUCAGGAAAUACAUGCUGAUAUGCCUGGAAAGUGUUGUUUUUCAUGUGCAUCGUGCAUUCUCAGUGUGGAUCAUAUGGAUUAUGCAGUCCAGUCCCCCCCUGAAGAAAGCAGUUUGGUGUUGCAGCCCAUGUCAGGACUCAGGAAUGAAGAUGUCAGUCAUUCUGAAGACCCAGCAGACUCCAUUCUCAGCCAUGGGGAAGUAGGGUUGCUAAAAAACAAGUUAAUGCAGAGUACUUCUACACAAGAGACUUUUGCUGCAGGUUCAGGAUUUGCAACCAAAGAUAAUAAACCAGCAGCAAAUGCAACAAGCACCUCAGGCACAUCCAGCAGCAGCUCUCCAAGUGCUGUAUCUGAGAUAGAAAAAUGGCAGAGGGAAGCCCUAGAAAAGGCACAACAGGCUGUAAUUCAGGCCCAUCAGCAGCAGAUGGAUGAAAUGGCAUCCUUGUGCUUCAAGGAAGAGUGCUUGAUAAAUCAGAUGUCAGCAAUGGAUUUUCAGAAUUUCGUGACCAAGCUGGAUGAAAUCCUGGUACUGAAGUCAAAGUGCAUCCACACGAUGCGAGCCCAGCUACAGCUCUGUACAGCCUCUCCUGGAACUGAUGUGUUGCUGCAAACACCUCCACCAGUUUAG